AUGGCCACCACCACGCCCGCGCCCCUCAGCGCGAAAUCCAAACUCGCCGGGCCUGGCGCCUCCUUGAAAAUCACCCCGUCCAAUUCUCCCAUUCUCCGACCUGGAGCUCGCUCCCCGAGCAAAUCUGCACACCAAUCGACCUUGUCCCUUCAGACUGUACUCGGAACCACCACCACAACCCCCAAUGGCUUCUCCAGUCACGACCAGAGUAAGAGCUUUGCGCUAUGCGCCGGCUCUGCUGCAGUACUUGCCGAACUCGAUGGCGAGGGAAACCUCUGCCAGCGUUUCUUUCGAGCUCGCCCGUCUGCAACGAGCGUGAAUCCCACGACCACGUCCUUCUACAACCAAUCUACUCCUCCAGCAACCCCGGACCCCCGAUCGCGAUCCCUCUCCCACAUUCGUUCGAACCCGCAUCUUAACGUCCCCAAUGGCUCACCCUCGAACGAAGUCACAGAAAAUGGAAGCCCACGCGCAUGGUCGUCCAGAGAAAGGAUCAAAGCAGUAACCAGCGUCUCCAUCAGUCCCAAUGGCCGUUUUUUGGCCGUGGGGGAGACCGGUUAUAAUCCUCGCGUGCUUAUAUUUUCAACCGCCCGAGACGCCUUACCCGAUGUCCCCCUGUCCAUCCUCAGCGAGCACACAUUCGGAGUUUGCAGCCUCGCUUUCAGCCCGGACUCACAAUAUUUGGCAACCCUGGGCAACCCCAACGAUGGAUUUCUUUUUAUCUGGGCCAUCAAUCUCAAGAAUGGAUCGGCAAGGCUUCAUUCUACGAACAAAUGCACUUCUUUCGUUCGUGACAUGUGCUGGGUGGGCCAAUCGCUGGUCACCACUGGUGUACGCCAUGUCAAGGUGUGGAGGCUUCCGACUGCGAGACCGGUGUCUCCUACGAAAUCCAGGCUGACUGUGGAUGGGGCUCCAUCGCCAAACCCGGCCCCGAAGGCCUUGUCUGGCAGGAAUUGCCUUUUGGGACAGCUGAAUGACCAUACCUUUAGUUGUAUCAGCAGCAUUUCUGAGCAAGAGGCUGCCGUGGGCACCGAAUCGGGAGCUGUCUGCCUCCUCGAUGAUCGUGAAGGAUCCCAGAAGUUAACGGUGGUCACGCAGGUUGGAUUUGCUGUCACGUCCUUGACGGUGGAUUUCGACCGCGAGUCGAUUUGGUUGGGUGGACGCGGCAGGAGGAUGCAGCGAUUGUCUUUCGAAUUUCUGCGAAGAACCUCCACAUCUUCUCCUACGUCUCCUACCAAGUUGGAAAAGAUGGUGGUAGACAAGAAGACGAAAGUACCUGCCAUCACCUGUAUGGGCUCACUUUCUUCACAUCUGGUCACGGUAGAAGCAACCAGGGAGAUCCACAUCUACCCCAUUGAGACUUUGCCGGACGAGGGAGAGCAGGAGCACGGGGAGACAUCGAUGCAGGCGCAUCGAGAUCCAGUCCUGGGCAUCCGUCCGCUCAAAGCGCCCAACAAAUUCUCUGCGGAUUUCUUCUCCUGGUCUCGCAAUGGCUCGGUGAACUUUUGGGAUGCACGCGGAAAAUGUGUCGAUUCGAAGACCGUGAUAGUCGAGCAAAGCGUGGCCGGGGACGAAGACGUUGCCAAUGAGUUGAAGGUCCUGAGAGCUGUGGACAAUGCAGACUGGUUUGUCGCAGGUGAUAAAUUUGGAGUCCUGAGGGUUUACUCGGGCGAAGAUUGGGAGUGCAUCGACGAAGCUCGCGCUCAUGGAGGCGAGAUUACAGAUGUUGCCCUUCAGAGAACUGACGAUUCAUGGUUGGUCGCCAGUUCUGGCCGAGACCGCAUGGUGCAGCUCUUCCAAAAAACAUACUCGACCUUGCAGCUGGUGCAAACCAUGGAUGACCACGUUAGCGCAGUGGGACAAAUCAUGUUCCUAAAUGAUGGCGAGGGAUUAUUAUCAAGCUCCGCGGAUCGCACGAUUCUAAUUCGCGACCGUGCGACCAGAGAUGAAGAUAGUGGGAUCUCGAUCGCCUAUCUCAUCACAAGAGUUAUUACCAUGAAGGCCUCUCCAGUGUCUAUGACCCUUUGCCCCGAUGACUCCAACCUGCUUUAUGUCUCAACCAUGGACCGCUGUAUCUCCAAGUUCGACAUUCCAUCUGGGCGGCAAUUGCACAAUUUCCGGGCCUCAGACUCGGAAGCAAAUGAUGCAGUGAUCAUGAGCUCAUUGACAGUCACCUCUGAAAUUCCAGGACAAAGCCCCAAGCUUCUGAUUGGAGUCUCCAGCACCGACAAGUCUAUCCGAGUAUACGACUUGGAGAAAGAUCACCUGCUCACAGGAGAGUUCGGCCACACCGAGGGAGUCAGCGAUGCGCUGCUUCUUGAACAGACCGAGGAGUCUGACGACGGCCCGACGACCAAGCGAAGUCUUAUCUCAGCUGGCAUGGAUGGUAUACUCAUGAUUUGGAAUCUCUGUGUACAACCGCAACUUCCUCCAGAGCCAAAUGGACGAGACGACGAAUGCCCCGUCAAAGAAUCGACCGCAGCCAAACCUCCUCUCCGGAAGGUUCUCUCACGGAGUGAACUGGCCGGCUUCCAGCGACCUGACAACCCAAGCCCCCUUGGAACGCCAACCCCAGUCCGUGAACUCUCGCCCACACUGGGAAGGAAGAUGUCCAAACUAUCGUUAACCCCGUCCACGUUAAAGAACAACUCGCUCGCCGAGACGCCCUCUCCUCCCAACCGCCGCUCCCCUAUCUCAUUCACCCCAGACCCCAUCCGAAGGUCCCCGUCCCCAGUCAGCCCCAGGACAAAAUCAUACUCCUCCGCAUCCAAAAAGCCCAAUAGUGCAAAAACCACCCACCGCCGCACAUCAGUGGACUUCCGAACACGCACCAAAGCAUCCAGCCAGCGCGAAUUCGGCAGCAUAGACAUGUCCACCGAACAACUCUGUCGAACCCUACGAGCCUAUCGCAAAAAGCUCAACGGUUCGACAAAACCGCUCCACGCUCAAAAAGAGCUUGAGCGGGAACUGAACCUCACAUUGCGAGCUGUCAGCGCACGUUCCCAGAAUAGCGAUGAGAGUGGCGAGACAGAGACGGAUAGUAGUGGCAAAGAUAUGGAUCGAAAGCCAAGCUAUUCGUCUAUUUCGUCUCGAUCGUCGCAUAUUCCUCGUCAUAUGCCAUCGACUCCUUUACUACGACAUAAAGGCUAUAAAGGGAUGCGACAGGUUUCGAGGAGUCGCUCUUAUGAUGCCAAUGGCGAUGAAUGA